CGAGGAGGAUCUCCACAUUAUAGGUGAUGUCAUCUUGGAGCUCCUCGGACGGAUUGAAUGCCGCAGGGUCCAUGUUGGCUGGUUCGUGCUGUCACGCCCGGUGUGGCAGGCGUGUGGAGAUUGUAGAGAGGACCCACAAGGCGGCAGCUCUGGUACCAUAUCCCGUGUACACGUAUAGUGACUCAGAGGAUGAGCAGCACACCAAAAAAAGGUUUCCCCAGGCACCUCGAGUGAAAAUACCAGCCCUCAACGCUUCGCAGUCUUCCCCCCAGCCCACUGACAGCAGACAUCAUAAUGCCUCUCCCAGCUUCCGGCACCAUUCGCCACUCCGGGAGAACAUUCCGAACGACACACCUUUACAAUCUCCACAGCAUGCAGAGGCUGAUGUCGAGGCCUUCCCUAUAGAUGAUGCGACCGCACAAAAGAUUUUAACAAUGCUGUCAGACCUGACAAGAUCUGUCAACGAACUGCGUGAGGAGGUCAGAGCCAUCCGCAGUACCGGCUCAAAUGAAUCUCUAGAUGCUGGGGUACUCCCUUUGGAUUUGCCCUUAAACAGCAUUGAGGAGCUAAACCAUGCAGAGGCAGCUCUUACGUCGCAAGAGGCAAUUAAGGCAAUGGUGGGACGCUUUGCCUUGAUUGGAGGGACCACACUUGAGGUGCGAGUCUGCCGUGUAAUGGCUUAUGCCAUUACAAAUGAGCUGGCCUCACAACUAAACUGGGCAGGGAAAAAAACAAAGGACCACACGAAGCAAAAAAGGGCCUUUAAAGAAACUGCGCUGUGCAGAUGCAUAUUUGAUGGCCUGACGCAGCAGUUAGGAGCGAACUCGAUGUCAGAGUUUCUCUUUGCACAGGCAGUGCAGAAGUGGCUACGGUACGCCCCAGACCGUUUGGGUGGUGCAGGACGGACAUCAUCCGUCCCCAUCCCAGGGGAGUAG